AUGCCGGUGUGCAUCGAGUGUGGACACGGUGUUCCGCGCAUUAUUAAGCCGGAAACCAAAACGGUAGAGCUGUGUGGGGAGUGCGGGCGUAUUUGUGACACCUGCUGCGAGUUCGGUGAUGUGCAGAUUUGGAUCGAUGUGGUUCUGCUGCGCCGUCGGGCGUGGGCGCACGUUCUCCUUAACCAGACUGACUACUACACGAAGCUCAUCAUUUUCCUGCUCUGCUGCGUGGUGGAGGCGGUGGUAGUGCAGAACCUCACUGUGCUCGAGGCCAUUACCUUCUUCAUGGGCGACCUCCAGAACAGCUCCCUCUAUACCCCAGAGCGACAGGUGCGAUCGCUACAGCUGGUGCGCAUCAUCCAGAGCUCCUUCUUACCACUGAUGAGCUACCCGUCAUCAAUUUUCCGUCUCUUCGUUUUUACCUUUACAGAAAACGUACUCGUUGCCUCCAUCGCCACGUGGCUCGGGCGCUUCUUCUACCCCAGCUACGGCCACAGAGAACGCCUGUGGUUCAUGGAGGCUGCCUUGGCUUCCUACGCAAAGCUGAGCUACUUUCUAUUCCUCAUCUGGGCCAUUCCACCGUCGAUGCUCCCUAUGGUCGACUUUGUGUACAUUCUCUGGCUAGGAUGUGCCUUCACGGUUCUGGGGUUUGGGCACCACUGGCUGUACCCCGUAGUGACCGUCCUCGUCUGCGUGUUUGCACGUGGCAUGUUUCGCUACCUCACAAAGUGGAGCCCUCAGCUGCUUUGGUAG